AUGGGUAGUCGUAAUUAUCCUCAACAAGGUUAUCUUGAUUAUAUUUCUGCACAACAUUAUUGUUUGGGUACAAAUGCUACAACAUAUCGUGAUAUGACAACUUAUGAAUUAACAACUGUUAAUUAUCAGUCUUUAUCUACACUUCUUCCUGUUUAUCUUGAUCAUAUAUUUUAUCCAUUAUUAUUAAAUGAUUGUUAUUUAACUGAAGUGCAUCAUAUAUCCGGUGAGACAGGUGAUGAUGCUGGUGUUGUUUAUAGUGAAAUGCAAGCAAGUGAAAAUCAACCAGAUGAAAUUCUUUUAUAUUCUAUACUACGUGAAUUAUGGUCAGAUGAAUUACCAUAUCAUUAUGAAUGUGGUGGUCGUCUUGAAUCCAUACGUAAUGAAUUAACAUUAGAUAAAAUAAAAAUAUUUCAUCAAAAAUUUUAUACACCAAAUAAUGUUGCUAUUAUUUUAUGUGGUGGUGGUAUAAAUGUCAAUGAAAUAUUACAAAUAUUAAAUAAAUUUGAACAAGAAAAUUUUUUUCAAUAUGAUAAUCGUCAAAAACUUUCUAAUGAAUAUUCAUUAGAUGAAAAUCAAAGAAAAAAAACAAAAUUACAUGAUGAUAAAUUUCCUUUUAUACAAAUUAAAUCAGCAAGUUUUGAUGAUAAUUCUACUUUUAUUCAUUCAAAUAUAAAAACUAAUGUACAAUCUAUUGAUACAACCAAAUUAUCAGUUCAAUCAACUACAAAUGAAACUAAUGAAUCAUCAUUUUGUGAUUCAGAAUUAAUGGUAUCACGUGGAGAGUCAUCUGGUCCAUCAUCACCAAAUUCAUUAUUACAGGCAAGUGAAACAGAUAGUUCAAUAUUUCAACGUAAUAUGAAUGAAUAUAAAGAAGUUUGUUAUCCAGUUGAUGAUAAUGAUGAAAAUUUAGGACAAGUUGCAUUUGGUUAUCGAUUAGAAUCAAUUUAUGAAAUGGAAAUUUAUACAGCACUUGAUGUUCUAUUAACAACAUUAUUUGAUGAAGAUAUUUCAAUUUUUUAUAAAGAAUUUAUUGAAUUACCAAAUACAUUAUGUUCAUCAAUUGAUCACGAUUGGUUUAAUUAUCCGCAAAGAGUCUUAACGAUUACAUUUGAAGGUGUUGAAAUUGAUGAUUUAACAAUGGUUGCUGAUAAAUAUUCAUCUGUACUUUAUUCAAUUCUUAAUUCUCAAAUAGAAAAUGAUCAAUUCUAUACACAAGUACAACGAAAUAUAAAAAAGAAAAUUGAAUUACAUUUAAAUGAAAUUGAAUCUGAACCAUUCGGUUAUCUUACUGAUUUAUGUUGUUUAGAUCAUAUAUCAGAAUUAUCUCUGUCAAAUAUAAAGAAUGAAAAUGAUAAUGAACAACAUUUAUAUAAAUUUUUACAAAAUCAAAAAUAUUUAGAAAAUUUAUUGAAUCGUCCACUUCCGUAUUGGCAUGAACUUAUUAAAAAAUAUCUAUUAGAAUGGGAUUCAUCGAAAAAAACUGUUAUUUUACUCAAGCCAAGUUAUGAAUUAUUAGUUGAACAACAAGAACAAGAAGAACAACGAAUAGCUGAACGUCUUAAUUUACUUAAUUCAAAGGGUCUUCAAAAAUUAAAAAAUGAACUUGAUCAAGCUCGUUCAAAUAAUAAACAAUCAUCAUCUCAAUGUGCUAAUAUUUCAAAUCCAUCAAUUCCAUUUCAUAAUCAAUUACAUCUACCACAAAUAGAAUAUUAUUCUAAUAAAGAUCAAAUUGAUCUUUUUCAUAGUCCAACAAGUCAUUUUAUUAGAUAUACUUUACAUAUUCCAUUAAAAGAUUUACCUCUAGAUCUUCAAUUAUAUCUUCCACUUUUUUCUAAUUUACUUUUUCAUACAUCUAUUCAAUAUGAAAAUAUUCACUUAGAUAAAUAUAAUUUUUGUGAACUUAUUUCUCGUGAUAUUCUUAGUUAUAGUGUAUCCAAUGGUCAAUCAUCGUCAUCACCUAUACAAUCAAGAUAUGUUUAUACUCAUUAUUUUGAUACAUUUAUUAUAUCUUUACAAUCAAUAAGUAAUGAUGAAAUUUAUAAAAAUACAAUUGAUUAUUUUCGUUAUGUACUUUAUGGAACAAUAUUUAAUGAUUAUAAAAUAAUAAUUGAAGAAUGUGAAAAACAAUUAAAACAUCUUAUUGAAGCAUUACAAGAUGGUCAUACAAUUCAUGAAGCAUAUUUUAAUUGUUUAAUUAAUUCAACGAAUUUAAAUAAUUAUUAUCAUCAAAUGAAUAUUUUUUUACAAAAAAAUCUAUUUGAAAAAAUUUGUAAACAACCUGAUAAAUAUAAAAAUGAAAUUAUAUCAAAACUUGAACGUAUUCGAUUAUUUCUAUUGAAAAAUUUAUCUCAAAUGCAUUUUAGUAUAUGUGGAAAUAUGGAAUUAAUUGAAGGAAAUUGGCAUAUUAUUGAACAAUUUAUGAAUGAAAGUAAAUUAAAAAGUCAAAUAGAAAUUGAAAAUAACCAAAUAAAAGGAAAAAACGUUUCAACAGAAUCACCCGCUACAAUUAUUGGUACUCCACAUGAAGAAUCAGGUUAUGUCCUUCGAUGGACACGUCUUUCAAUAAGUCCAAAAGAUUUUGUUUCACUUUUAAUCUUUUCAAAUUAUCUCGAUAUGGAAAAUGGUCCACUUUGGACAGCAUGUCGUACAAAUGGUUAUUCAUAUGGUGUUGCAUUUGAUUUUGAUUUCGAAACAAAUCUUAUUCUUCUAUCAAUAAAUCAAUGUUCUCAAUUAAAAUUAGCCUAUACAAGUGCUUUAGAAACACUUAAAAAUAUUGUUGAACAUAAAACAUCCUUAGAUUCACAACGAAUGAAUGCUGCACGUAAUUUAACAAUUUGUAUGUUGACAGAACAUUUAGCAACAUUAGGUCGUGUAACAAGUGUUUGUAUUCGUUCAUAUCUUAAUACAUAUUCAAUUGAUAAAUAUCAAAAUUUAUUAAAUGAAAUUAAUUCAUUUACUUAUAAUGAAGAUAUAUUAUUGAAAAUAAUUGAAAAAUAUUUAUCACCAUUAAUUAAUGAUAAUCAAUCAUCAACAUUAAUACUUGUGAAUACAAAUAAAAUGAAAGAAACACAAGAAUUUCUUCAAAAAGAACAUAAUAUUAAAAAUGUUAUAUUAAUUAAAGAUGUUAUGUUAACAAGACAAAGUCAUUUGUUUAAUCUAUUUAUUCGAAGAAUAAAUGUAUUUAAACAAUGUGCAAUGUCAACAAAUGUUGGUUCAUCUCUUUUUACAUUAUCAGAAUCACAUGAAAUGCUUCAAAAAACAUGUCGUGAUUUUGCUGAUCGAGAACUAAAACCAAUAGCUGCAGAACUUGAUAAAACACAUCGAUAUCCAACAGAAAUUAUUAAAAAAUUAGGUGAUCUUGGUUUAAUGUGUGUUGAAGUUGAUGAAGCAUUAGGUGGUUCUGGUUUAGAUGCACUUGCUUAUGCUAUUGCUAUGGAAGAAAUAUCACGUGGAUGUGCUGGUACUAGUGUUAUCAUGUCUGCUCAUAAUUCUCUUUACAUCGGACCUAUCGUAAAAUAUGGAAAUAAACAACAAAUUGAAAAGUUUGUCAAACCGUUUCUUAAUGGUGAUCGAGUUGGAUGUUUUGCUCUUUCUGAACCUGGUAAUGGUUCCGAUGCAGGUGCAGCAAGCACUACAGUUAAAGAACAUGAUAGUUCAAGUUAUAUUGUUAAUGGUACAAAAUCAUGGAUUACUAAUGGAUAUGAAUCCGAAGCAGCCGUCAUCUUUGCAACAACUGAUAAAUCACUUAAACAUAAAGGCAUCAGUGCAUUUAUUGUUAAAAAACCAACAGAAGGUUUAUCAUUAGGCAAAAAAGAAGAUAAAUUAGGUAUCAAAGCUAGUUCAACAUGCAAUCUUAUAUUUGAUGAUUGUAUAAUUCCAAAAGAAAAUUUACUUGGUAAACAAGGUGAUGGAUUCAAAAUUGCAAUGACAACACUUGAUUCAGGUCGUAUUGGUAUAGCAGGUCAAGCAUUAGGAAUUGCUCAAGCAUCACUUGAAUGUGCAAUUGAUUAUGCACAAAAACGACAAGUAUUUGGAAAACAAUUAACACAAUUGCAAGCUAUACAAAUGAAAUUAGCUGAUAUGGAAAUGCGUUUACAAUCUGCUCGUUUAUUAACAUGGAAAGCUGCAGCAUUAAAAUCAUCUGGUCAACCAUUUACAAAAUUUGCUGCUAUGGCAAAAUUAGCUGCAUCAGAAUGUGCUACAUUUAAUGCUCAUCAAGCUAUGCAAAUUUUAGGUGGAAUGGGUUAUGUUAGUGAUAUGCCAGCUGAACGUCAUUAUCGUGAUGCACGUAUAACAGAAAUAUAUGAAGGAACAAGUGAAAUUCAACGAUUAGUAAUUGCUGGUAAUCUUAUUAAAGAAUAUAGUGCAACAAAUGUUUAG